UUUUUUUCUGUCUUUCGAGAGCUUGGUCAAAAUCCUGGGCUAUAUUCGUGCCAAAACGUAGCGCGUACCCUGUGUAAAUUUUAUUCUACUCCUGCAAUGGCGAAUUUGAAAACUAUAACGGAAGAGAGUCAAUACAAAGCCGAGUUGGAAGCCGCGGGCUCUCGGCUUGUCGUGGUCGACUUCAUGGCUGAAUGGUGUCAGCCAUGUCUGAGAAUGGGUCCGGUGUUGAAAGAGUUCGCGCUGAGAUAUCCAAACGCGGUUUUCCUCAAGGUGGAUGUUGAUCAACAAGCUGAUAUCGCAUCACGCGAGAAUGUUUCUUCGCUUCCAACCUUUAUCCUAUUUAAGCUGAAGUGUAAAAUAGAUCAAAUGAAGGGAGCGGAUGCAGUUGGAUUGGAAGCGAAAAUCAAAGAACAUUACGUGUCUGGCGACGGUGAUGGCAGCGGAGGCGAUUCUGCUGUUCCUGGACAGUUGGAUCUGACGGCGUUCAUCGUCAAGUCAAAUUGUGAAUGCUUGAAUGAAGACAACCAGUUUACGUGGGAAAAUGCCUUGAAAAACGACGAUUCGGUUCUGAAGUCGGAUUGUGAUGAGCAGAUAAUUUUGGGACUCUCUUUCCGAACCAACGUGAAACUGCAUUCGUUGGUGAUCCGAGGCCCGCGUUCGUGUGGUCCGAAAACUGUCAAAUUGUUUUCUAAUUUGACGAACGGAUUAGAUUUUGAUUCUGCACAAUCGAAGGAACCUACGCAAACCAUUAUAAUGACCGAGGACGACAUUGAACAAGGGAAGCCACAGACGCUGAAAUAUGUCAAAUUCCAGAAUGUUCAUAACGUUACGAUGUUCAUUCAGGACAACCAAGAAGGUACAGAAUUGACGGAAGUGACGCGCGUGCAGUUCUUCGGCUCUCCCAUUUCCAUCACGAAUAUGGAGGAAUUCAAGCGUGUUUCUGGAACGAAGGGCGAGGCCCAUUUCUAAGCUUUAAAUGCUUAGAUGAAUUCUGUAUUUUGAUGCGCAUAGGGAAUUCCAUUUCUGAUCGGCCAGACUCUGGGUAUAUUGAAGAGAAAUGAAAGCCCCGUUUUUCAACCAA